UGCUGUAACGACAACAUGGCCUUUGCAAGAAAGAGGAAGUCUGCUCCAACAGAGGACUGGCAGGUGGCCACAUCUAUUUAUAACUUCUCAGCCACAGAUAUUGAUGGCAACUUGGUUUCCCUCGAAAAAUACAGGGGGGAGGUCGUCAUCAUCACCAACGUGGCCUCUAAAUGAGGCAGCGUUACAAACUACUCUCAGUUUGCGGCGAUGCACGCUACGUACGCUGAGAGAGGUUUACGCAUCCUCGCCUUCCCGUCCAACCAGUUCGGGAACCAGGAGCCCGGCAAUGAAACUCAAAUCAAGCGGUUUGCAGAGUCCUUCGACGCUCGGUUCGACAUGUUCAGCAAGAUCAAUGUGAACGGGCCCACGGCCCACCCUCUGUGGAAGUGGCUCAAGGCCCAGCCCAACGGGAAAGGCUUCUUGGGAAAUAGUAUCAAGUGGAAUUUCACCAAGUUUUUGAUUGACAGAGAGGGUCAGGUGAUGAAGAGAUACGGGCCUCUGGAUGAUCCAAGUGUGGUGGAGAAAGAUCUUCCCAAAUACUUGUAGCCGGCCCACAGGGGACUCCCCCCUCACCCCGUGAUCGUCAGUCCCUUCCGCUCCUUUCUCCGGCUCUCCGAGAACCAGUGGACACCGUUGGCUUCCACCCAGAACCAGUGACGGUCUCCUCAUAAACCCGCGUGGCGGCCAGAGGAGACCUGAUGAAAAUGGCGUGCAAACCUCCUGGGAGGAUCCCUGAGCGCGUUCACUCGGUGCUCCGGAGAGAAAGAGAAACGAUCCCUAAAAUGAUGAUUAACUCUUUUAGUAAAAUAAUGAGCGCCAUUGUUUUCAGA